AUGAAGUUAAAAGUACCCGAUGACCUUAAACCGGACUACGAGCUUGAUUCCCAUGUUGGGAUACUAGGCAACUUCAUCAUAAAAGUCCAGCCCCCAACGCUCAUAGCGUUCAGUCUAUGCAAGAUAUUCACACUUGGGUGUUCCAUUUACUCCGACUAUCAUCCAUUGCUGACCCAACUUCCAUUUCCUGCACUACCUUCAACAUUCUCGCCCCCAUUUACAAGAGGCUCAAUAAAGAGGAUCAGAGUUGUCGCGAAAGUGAUAUCCGAGCGUAUUGGCUCAAUAGGAACCACUCGAUAUUGGAUUGGUUGUUGUAUGAAAGAUCUUCGAUUAUUUGUCUUCAGGAGUUUUGGGUUGGAAAUGAAGAACUUGUUGACAUGUAUGAAAGGAGAUUUGGUGAUACUAGCUAUAUUACUUUCAAGCUUGUAUGGUCAGUUUACACAUUUCAAGUGGUAG